UUUCUACUCUGGCCAAUAGCUCGAUAAUUUCGCGAUGAUUUGUAGACUCGCUAAAUGGUGCGAACAAAAUGGCAGCACGACUUUCAUCCUUGAAUUAAGUUUGAACGUUGAUUACGGCACAACUCGAGCGAAGGUUUGAUAAAAUCACAAGUAUUUUCUAGAACAAAAAUAUUAAUAUUGUAUUCAGGAAUUAUUUGUUGGUUCUUAUGACUUAGAGAUAGGGGAGCUCAACAGGAGCUGCUUAGGCCCUAUCAACUCGUUGUUCCUCCGUAUUAGACAGGAAGUUAACGUAGCCUCAAGAGUGUGAUAAUGCCGGGUAAAAAGGAAAAGAAGGGUAAAGGAAAGGCCAAAGUUGUUCGGAAAUCGCUUGAAGAUCAGAAUAAGGAUUCGACAGAGAGCAUUGAAGCUGGACCUUCACAAAACUUUGAGCUCAAAGAAAAUGUUUCGGUUUCCAGCAACGAAGUCGAUGGGUCGUCCUUGCUUGGUUCGAGAGAAGCUUCUAACUCGAGUAUUGCCUCAGGAAAGCAAAGGAAAGGCGACGAAGAGUUAGAAAGGGAGACCUCAUUUGGUAAAGAUGAGGUCGGUGAGCUAGAAAAGGAGAAACCUUCCGCACCUGAUGUGGUAACAACCGAGCUAGAAACAGAUGAACUGCCUUCGAAUUCAAAUGGCAGCACGGAGGAUGAUCAAGGAGUACAAACAGCUAUUUUGAUAACAAAUCAAGAAAAAAUUGAGGAGAAAAUAACUUACACUGUAGAAACCAAAAUGGAAAUGAAAAUUGAAGGGGCUGUUUUAGAUGAAAGCUCAACUGAUGCACCCACUAACCUAGAAGAUACAUAUCAGUCAAUGGGAUCAGAAAGGCCAUUAGUUGAGAACAUUCCCACUGAUGAAGAAAGAAGAAAUCUCUUGCCAGGUGAUAUGACAGGUGCAGACCAUAGCCAAGGUCCUAAAGAGUUUAGCCAAGCAGACACACAAGACACUAGUGGAGGUGGUGCAAGUGAAGUGCAAGAUGAUAAACGUGAAAGGAGAAAUCUUGAUCCAGAUGGAAAACCAGAUGGUACUGAAGUAGAUUCUUUUGAAGUUUCAAAGCCAGAAGAUGAAAAUGACCAUGAGGUAAAAGUAUCUACUGAUUUGAAUAAGAAUGAAGUAAUAGAGCAUGAGAUUCCAGCUGCAAAUGCAAAUAUAAAUCAGACCGAGAAUGAAGAAGAUAGUGAAGAAGAACUUCCAUGGGCUAUGUACAGAGACAUAAAGAAGAAUGAAAGACCUUCAGACGCUGAAGAUGAGCUUUCUGAUGAUGAUGAAAUAGCUGAACCUCCAGAAGAGAAGAAUUACCCAGAACUCUAUGAGUAUCUUGGAUCUCUUGACAAUGGAGACACAGAGUUGGAAUCAAAGCAUAUUCCACCACCUUUGUUUGAAAAUGAAAAUCAGCAACAUAUGCACAAAGAUAUUGACCGUACUAAGCUGAGUUUGGCAGAGGAAGAAAUUGAGGACUAUUUGGAUGUGUUUGAAAGACAAGUUGAGGAAGAGGUCCUAAUGAUUGGUAACAUUGGCCUUAAUGAAGUUCAGGAUGAAGAACGCAACAUAAGAGAGGAGCAUGUAGAUUUCCAGAAAGCAGAAACCAAGAAACAGAAAGAAAAGAAGCAGGAAUUAAGUGCUGCAAUGGAUAGGGCAAAGAAGCACGUCAUGAAAGUUUUCAGGGAGAAGUAUGGGAGAGUAAAAGACAAGGAGGCCGCUUUGAUGAGAAGAGAUCGACACAUCCAAGGCCAGAUAACCAAGGCAUUCAGACGAUCAGAGAACCAGCUGCAAAAGGCACUAAGGAAGCGGAAAGCUGAAGUCAUGGCAAUGUAUGGCGAUCUAGUUUUCGCUGAUCGCGAAUUUGGCGGUGGUAAAGGCAAACGAUGGAAAGUGGACUGGGACAAAACUCAGCAACCUAUUCAAAUCAAGCUGAAAUGCCUCCGGAGUGUCAGAGAUAAACUGCCCUGUGGUGAAUAUGUUUUAAUGGUGUCGCUAUUCAGUCGACUUGGUGGUCACGUGAUGAAAUGGUCAAAUCUGCGAGGCCAGCAGUGGGGUGCUGCAACUUUGCCUCUGUUCCAUGAUGGGGAAUACUACAAUAUAGAACUGAAGAUUGACCAGAGCGUCUUCACUGUUUGCCCGUCGAAGCCAGAUAUAAGACCAGGAAUGAUUUUAAUGUUCGAGCUGUUUAUUCUAAGUGGAUCAUUCACCCCAACGGAUAAAGUUGUUGCCUGGGGCAGCUUUCCGAUUUGCGAUGGCUCUUUCAAUGUUAUUGAAGGAAAGUACAAAACUCCUUUGCUGCGCGGUACAAUCGAUCCAUCAAUCGAUAAAUUCCAAACGGUUGAAGAGCUGAUAGCGUUCGAUUUAGAACAUUGGCUUUGCAAUUUGUACUUUGAGAUCAACAAGUUGCCAAGGUAUCUAAUGGGCCAGAAGGAGUACGAAGUCGAGCUUCAGUUUACCUCUGGUUUGGUAAGCUAUCCCAUAAGAACCAAAACUGGUGAAGAGUUCGUGGAUGGUGAGCAGCCAGUAUAUGGCUCCGUAAGCGAUAUGGCUUCAAUUGCAGCAAGCAGGGUGUCAUUGCCGAACUCAAGGGCCAACAGUGUUCUUAGUUUUCAAGAGAAGAAUGCCGAUGCCAAACCUGGAAUGAGCAAUAUCAAAGUCACUGUAGAACCUCCCAAUAAGAAGCCAUCAAGGCCUGGGUCAGCUGUGUCAGUGCUCCAGAAGGCGAACGAAAUAUCAACAGAGCUCCGACAGAGAAGAACGUCUCGCACUUCCAUAACUUUUCAGCCAUUAGAUGAUACAGCUUCUCGCAAGUUGUCCGCGUUUGGCUCGCGAAGAUCCGUGGGAGAACGCAGUUUUGCGUAUAGUGAUGAUACGGAUUCGGGCAGUGGAACAGAUUACAAUGAUGAUGAUGUCUGUAUUGUCAAGAAGGACUUUGGGUUCAGGAAGGUCAAUGGGCAGCCUGGAAUGUACUACAAGGUGCAUCAAAACAAUCCAGUCGAUGUCUACAACCGGAAACUUCUGAGGACAAUACCGCUGACAGCUCAGCCAUCAAUAAGACGGAAGAAAAAGAGACUCACCCAUCAAGACGAUCUCAAGCAGCACACGUAUAAUGUCAAAUCUAUUUGGUCAAACAAAGGACACAUGCCUCGCAAAGGCCGUGAAAAAAUUCAGUACAUUGGCAGAAUGAUGCUUGCAGAACUCGGAUUGUCUCAAUGGAGAAAAGGUCAGUUCUGGGUGACGUUGUUCAUGUUGCUGAUCACGUGGUUCAUGAGAAUGUACCUGCAUUACUUCGGUCAAUGGGUGCUACUCAAGGCACUGUCUAUUCCAAUUAACAAGUACAACUUCUAUCCACACACUGUGAACUUGAACUACCAGGACACACUGCUGCAAGCGAGACAUGAAGUCGGCGUGGUCAUUGUUGGACCUUUUGCCAACUUACUUUUGUUCCUGCUAUUUAUUCCAGUGACAAUGAUGUUCCAGCGAAUCUUCAAAUGGUUCCCUGAUAUCAUUACUCACUUUAUACUCGCCUUUGGACUACAAGCGCUCUUGGAUCCGCUGUCAAUUUUGAUCGUUGACUGCAUUCUUGGAAGAUAUCAAAAUACAGGAGGAGUUGAACCAAUCGGCGAUGCAUUUAAAUUGUACUGGCAUUUCUACCGUAACUACAGAAAUGAUGACGUCACAUUGUAUGUGAGCAUUUCAAUGACAACGUUCCUUUACAUCUGUAUUGCUUUCUGCAUCGCUGCCUUGUGGUAUAUGUUCUUUAUACGACUGCACAACAACGGCCGGUUGAUGGACGUGUAUUGGAGGCUGCAUGGAAGUGAGGAUGAGUUCUUCCUGCCUUAUGAUUUGGAGGUCUCAAAUGAAGAGCUGAACUUUAUUUGUCUUAAAGCAGAGCAAUGGCGGGGAGAGGAAGGAGAGAGAAAGAAAAUCGCAGUUUAUGAUUAUGUUUGGGAGCAAGAAGAGCUGGUCGAUGAAUUCUGGGAUGACCCGAACGCGCACGGCCAGAAGACUGGAGCCAAAGAAAUAACAUCCCACGUCUCAAUUCAUUCCAUCCAUACUGAUGGGCUUAUUGAAAUAUACAGGCAGUUCUUGCGAUUGCCAGAUGGUGCAGUUAUUGAGGUCUUUGGUGAGAUGAACAUGCCAGGAAUCGACGAAGGAGUCAAGCAAGCUCUUCUAAAGAGCUCUGGCUUCAAAGGCGUUUCCAAUACAGUGAAAAGGAGCAGAUCUCUCAGUGUAUCAUCGCUUAGUAGCUCAUCUGGUCGGAAAACCUCCUUGAGGCGUAUGUCAUCAAAUCGUCUGGAUGUUCCUGUGUAGAGGGGUUCUUUUGUAUAUAUGUAGAUAUGAGCACCAACGUUUAACUUAUGUAUUAUCAUCAACCAGUAAUUUAACAUGUGUAAAUAGAUACAUCUUGAGUUGCUCUUAAGUGUGCCAGUAAAAGACAGGACCUAACUAGACCACGUGUCAUAAAUAGCUACGUUAUUUGAAAUAGGUUUCCUCUCGCAUCUCCAUUUCCGUGUUUCUUUGCUUAAUAAGCAAGCCACAACAUUUCUAAUGAUAAUUAUUCUAUUUUCAGUUUUAACCUUGAUAAAAAGGCUUCUUACCCCAUCGAUCAAACAUGUGAAUUUUUCUUAGACCCCAGAAGCUGCAAUCUAGAGUCUAUGCCAAUAUUUUUAAAUUGCUUUAUAGCUGACGCAAAACUUAUACGUUGAGCUGUGUCAUGAACUCGUGUCUUCUUUCAACUAGAAGAGUUACUGUUAUGCAACUAUAAUAUAUAGAGCCCAACCAACCAAAUUUCUAAAUUUUUACCUAUGACAGAGGUCUUUUUAAGCGUGGCAGUUUAAAUAAAAUAUUCCCAUUAAAGGUUCAAUCGUGCUUCAGUCAUCAAAAUGCCUUACUUUUGCCUUACUUGCAAAAUGCUGAAAUCUUUUUUCUUUACUGAAAAGGCCCUACUUAACCUUGACAUUGCAUCACUGAAAUAAUAGGAUCGUUUGUUUAUUAUGCUUACCAUUUUUAGUGUGUGUCAUUAUGGAUAUAAAAACUAAUUUGGAAGUGAUCUUGUUGUUCUAAACCACCUUGCAGCUAUUUAAACUGAUUUAACAAUCACUACGAGACGAGAUGCAUUUUGCCAUCAAAUAUAUAUAUAUUUCUA